UUAAAUUGUUCUCAACUAAUGUACUGAAAUCAAACCAGUAGCCACUUUGAUCAGCAAUGCCAUCAAAGCUCCCAUCUUCAUUUCCAGCCUUAAUUCUCCUCUCAAUCUUCCUCCUCUACCUCUACUCUUCAUCACUCUCCGAUCAUAUCCUAAAACCCAUAACCCGACCCACCAUUUCCACACCUCCCACUCCCUGCAAUCUUUUCAAAGGCACCUGGGUAUUCGACCCGAAUCACAGAAAACCCAUUUACAAUGACUCAUGCCCAUUUCACAGAAACUCAUGGAAUUGCAUUAGAAACAAGAGGGACAACAUGGGUAUCAUCAAUUCUUGGAAAUGGGUGCCUAAAGAUUGUAACUUGAGGCAAAUUGACCCGGAGAAAUUUCUGGGUGCUAUGAGAAAUAGGAAUAUUGGGGUUGUUGGUGACUCUUUGAAUGAGAAUUUUGUGGUUUCGUUUAUUUGUAGUCUGAGAGGUGGUGAUUACAGUGCUAAGAAAUGGAAAAAGAAGGGAGCUUGGAGAGGGGCUUAUUUUCCUAAGUUUAAUGUUACUCUGGCUUAUCAUAGGGCUGUUUUGCUGGCUAAAUAUGAGUGCCAGCCAAAACAGUCCGGACUUGCCGAUGAUGUAAAGAAAAUAUGCCGUGUAGAUGUUGAUGUACCUGCAGAUGAUUGGGCUACCAUUGCUGACUUCUACGAUGUUCUCAUAUUUAAUACUGGCCAUUGGUGGGGCUACGACAAAUUCCCGAAAGAGGAUCCUCUUGUUUUUUACCGUGCUGGUCAACCAAUACUUCCUCCGCUCGAGUUAUUUGAUGGACUUAAAGUUGUUCUUGAGAAUAUGGUCUCGUACAUACAAAAGAAAAUCCCUAGCGAGACAGUCAAGUUCUGGAGGUUGCAAUCUCCACGACAUUUUUACGGUGGUGACUGGAAUCAAAAUGGAAGUUGCUUGUUCAAAGAACCUCUCAAGGAAAGUGAGCUUGACUUGUGGUUUGAUCCGAGCAACAAUGGAGUGAACAAAGAAGCAAGAAUAAUUAAUGGAGCAAUUGAAGAGGCAUUGCAAGGCACAAAUAUCGAGCUGCUGGAUAUAACUCAUUUGAGUGAAUUUAGAGCAGAUGCUCACCCAGCAAUUUGGCUAGGAAAGAAGGAUGCUGUAGAAAUUUGGGGCCAAGAUUGCCUGCACUGGUGCCUCCCUGGCGUUCCCGACACUUGGGUCGAUAUCUUGUCUGAGCUCAUCAUCGGUGCUCAACUGAGCGUACGCGAUGAAUAGAUAUAAAAACAGUACUAAUUUGGAUGGAGAUCUCAUUUUGCAAAUAUCUGUUCAUUUACGCUGUAAAAUGGUAUACAUCAGAACAGCUUGGAGCUUGAAAGCUUAGUACCUUAGAGAUGAACUAUUUUGAAGGAUUACUGAAGAACUGCAAUUUUCUUCCACAACAUCCUGUAUGUACCGGAUACGGAUAUAGAGAAACGGAAAUUCUUGGACUCAAAACAUGGCGUGAUGGUGUUAUUUUAAGAUUUCUUAUCCGAAAUGGGAAAGAUUUGUUGAAUGAAGUCUUCUUGCUGUUUAGAUAGGUUAUUGUUUUUGAAAUAAUGUUUGUAAACCGUUUAUUCAUUCUUUUUUCUUGUAUUGAAAAUCUUGUUUCCACAAAUUAAAUUUCAUUCAAGUAUUUUGAUAAGUAAAAACUUUAUGCCAGCA